CAAUGAGUGACAAAUUCGCAAUAUUACCUUCUAUAGGACUUUCUGGGAUCAAACUCGGGAUGUCAUUGUAUCACUUGUUAAGACAACUAUCCUCGAAGUAUAGGGUCACCAUAGCCUACAAUGAUGAAGAUAUAUUUUAUUACCUGAUCAUAACACAGCUGAACAUACGCUUAACAUUUGACUUUGAGUGUCAACUGCUCCUGUUUAUAGAGAUUGUUGAUCUUUCACGUGUCUCAUUGACGUAUCAGGACUAUUCAUUGAAGGAUUACAGGUUUCAAACCGUGUAUGAUCACUAUUUUGGACCUACUUAUCCAGGAGAGUUGAAGAACUCUGUGUACACGUUGAACUACCCUGGGCUAUCGUUCCGAUUUAACGUUGAAAACACCAAGAAACUACAAGGAAUCACCGAUGCAUCGGAACUGUUACGACAGGUUAUGGCUACAAAUCCGAAGGCAAGUUCCAUUGCAAUUCAUCAUCUAUCGAAAUGGUCAGAGUUCAAGACGUAUGGAUUUAAAGCACAGACAGUAGAUAGACUAGCGGUUGAUGAUAUUGAGGUAUCAGAGAUAAGGAUUAAAGGAAUACAACAUGAUGAAGAAGGUCCCAACACUAGAGAUGGCUUUGAUCUCGAUGUGCAUUUCUUCAAGCAUCCAAGGCUUGAGAAUUUCAGCUUGGUUAUCGACAGAUCUUUGCAACAAGAUGUGCUUGCUGAGCUGGGCCCUCCAGAUGAGGUGUUUUUAAAGAACGAUUCAAGAUCUUCAAUCCACGGGAGAAGUCCAGUUGAUGAUAAGUCAAAGUGUGUUUUCCACAACUACUUCCGUUACGGAUUUGACUUGUUAUAUACUAUGACCAGAUCUGGAGGGGUUCUGACAAAGGUUGUCCUUCACGGAAAUUUACCAGAGAGUGUCCUAUUUGGUAAGUACCGAAAAUGCAACUGGCGUUGUAAGAGAUUUCAAGACGAAGAGCUUGCACAAACCGAAGCCGAUUUAGCAAACGAAGAGGUUGUCAUCAACAGAAGCGAAUUGUUGGGAAACAGUAUGGAAUUCAUCGAUGGUAACUGGGAGAAGAACGAGAAUGAGAUUGAAUGGGGUAAGAGCGUCGUCUUCACGUAUAACGACCACGUUGUUGAAUACGUCCAUGGUCGGAUAAACGCUAUAACACUGUUUUAGAUGCCAAUAUUGUUCUUCUUCGCUACACAGUAAAGUCAAAUCCAGAAGAAUAAUAGUUCAUGUCAUUUCUCAUGGGAGUCGCACAUUGUAAGUCCAUAGCCAUCAAUAGUACGAUCUCCUGUCCCAAACUUCAUCUUGGAUGAAGCUGGCUAGCACCUUGGAUCCUGUCUGUAGAAGAGGAUGUCCUGCAACGGCCUGGAUGAACUUCUCCAAGCCCGCCCUUCUAGUUUCAAUCACUUCGUCGCUGAACCUGUUUGUAAAUACCUUACCGGGAAGGCUUGGUAUCACCACCCUUGAGGACUCCAUCUCCAACAGCGAUUUGAACGUUUCAAAGUCAGAAUAACGACGGCGCACAGAGGAUUCACGUAGUCUAAACGCGGGUAAGUUGGUCUUACACACGAUUUCGUAAUCUGUAAACAUCUUAUUCCCAUACCCAUGGGUACGAGGGUUUACAACCUCGAUCUCCAGAAAGUUCUCCGGCUCCCCGUACAGUUCGUCG